ACACACGCAUCUCUCUCUCCUCUGCUUCUGCUCUGCUCUGCCACUCUCUCUCCUCUCCCUCCCUCCCUUUCUCUCACUAAAACCCGGCGAUCGAAGAGAAUUAACAAGCUACUGUCAGAGAAAUCAAACCCACAAAUAUAAGAAUCAUCAUGGGAGCUGAAGUUGAAAACAAUAAGAGGUGGCCUCCAUGGCUAAAACCUCUGCUUCGAGAGAAAUUCUUCGUACAAUGCAAAUUACACUCAGAUUCACACAAGAGUGAGUGUAACAUGUACUGUUUAGACUGUACUAAUGGCCCUCUCUGUUCUCUCUGCCUCUCUUUCCACAAGGAUCAUCACGCCAUUCAGAUAAGGAGAUCAUCGUAUCACGAUGUGAUAAGAGUGUCUGAGAUUCAGAAAUUUCUGGACAUAACAGGAGUUCAGACAUAUGUGAUUAACAGUGCUAAGGUUGUGUUCUUGAACGAGAGACCUCAGCCUCGACCAGGCAAAGGUGUUGUCAAUACCUGCGAAGUCUGUUAUCGAAGCCUCGUCGAUUCUUUCAGAUUCUGCUCUCUCGGUUGCAAGAUCUCUGGAAUCUCCAAGAAUUUCGUCAAGAAAAGAAAGGAUUGGACAAACAAUCUUUCAGAUUCUGAUGAUUCGUAUAGCAGUACUAGUAUCGAGAGGCUCAAGAAGAACGAUGACAUGAUCAAUAAUAGUUUCACGCCAUCAACACCACCUUUAUCGGCUGUGAAUCGCCGAAUUGCAAAACGAAGAAAGGGAAUUCCGCACCGUGCUCCUUUUGGAGGACUAAUCAUAGAAUACUAAGAAAAUGGUAAUGCAUAUAGUCUUAUGCUAAUAACAAUCACUAGUAGUUUAUGGGUGGUACAUGUAUGUAUAUAUGUCUAUAAUGGUCUAAAGCAAUGUAAAAAGAAAAUCUUACCUCAUAGUAUCAAGUAGAUAUGAAGGAGUAAAGAGUGGGAAAGAUAAUAGAAUGAAGCAUGAAAGGAAUACUUGUGCAUGUAUAUUUUGGGCUCAAAGGGUACAUAUGUAAAUGUAGAAUAGUGUUGUGGGAAAAGACAAUAGUAAUAAGUAUGUAAAUGCAAAUGCAAAUGUGAAUGAAAUAAAGGCAUAUUACUUUCGAUGUA